UAAUGCUGUAGCAAACCCACUUUAUCACUUAUUCUGAGAUAGUCAUUUCUGCUGAAUCAAUGGAUUCAAAUGCAUCAAAUUACCAUCUAAAUCAUGCAACUCUCCCCCAAGUUUAUUACCAGGGGAAGGAGGCUGACAAUAUCAUUGACUUGGGCCUUAGCCUAAGAGUUUUGCAGCCAGAGUCUUAUCAUCCAUCUCCUCAUGCAGAUGACUUUGAUGUUCUGAUAGACUGGCACCAGCUGCAUCCCCGGAUGAAAAAUUCAAAGACUGAUUAUCCACAAAAUAUGGUGGGAAAUCAUGAUGAUGAAACUGAGGGAAUUCAAAGCAAGGAGCGUUGGUCAUAUGUGAAAGUUAACAUGGAUGGAGUAAUAGUUGGCAGGAAAAUCUGCAUCCUUGACCAUAUGGGCUACUCUGAUCUUGCACUUCAACUAGAAGAAAUGUUCGGGAAACAGUCUGUGUAUGGUCUGCGACUGUUCCAAUCCAACUCGGAAUAUUCCCUGCUAUAUAGGGACAGAGAUGAGCAUUGGAGGACUGUUGACGAUGUUCCUUGGAAUUCGAUCAGAUCAAACUAAUGUAUGAUUAAGCAUAGCAAUCAUAUGAUCCCUGACGCUCAUUCUGAUGAUUCUCAACAGUAAUUUUGUAGAAAGUGUCAAGAGGCUGAGAAUUGUGCGGAAGGAUGAAGCAUUUAGUCCCUCUUCAUCAGCAUUGCUUAAUUCUCUCUAACACUGAGUCUUAACAAAUAGUGUGGACUAAGACAAGUUUAGGAUCCACCUGCUACAACCUCAACUAAACUAUUCUGGUUCUCCCUCAAUGAUUAUCAACUUAGCAAGCUUGAUCUUCUGAGUUGUUGCUUGCAUUGUAUUUCUUUGUAUGAUUUAUUCUUCACCAAAAUGGAUUACUCAGUGACAAGCUGAUGGAUUGGAAACCUUUGUUUGGCUGAGAACUCUAUAAUUCUCGUUUAUCACCAUUUAGAUUUGGUUGGCUAUAAGAUACUACUGUCUCACCAAUACAGUGGAGUGACAGUUUUAUCCCAAAUGCUGUUGCAGAAUCAUUUACCCACAGAAACAGCAGUAAUUCAUUGUUCAUUUUCAAAGUCAAAACUACAGAUAUCAUUCUGAAGAGUGAUUUCCGAA